AAAAAAAAAAACUGGCAACCAUAGUGCAUCCAUUUUCAUACUAAACGUCAAUCGCCAUUUGUGCGGUUACUUUUGCGACAGCAAGACUUGCAAGUUUUAAUUUUUGUUUAUCUGGGGAAUCCCAUGAUAUUUUGAAUAGGAAAACAUGUAAAAGUAAGAGUUAUGAACCCGUUCGGUCCCCCGGUCUCCUUCCCCGCAACAGUGAAUAAUGUGUACAGCAACAAUAGCCCUGAUCACCUAACUAGUAAAAUCCAAGACGAAUGGCAAGUAGUGUACAGCUGGCCACCGUACCCAAACCCGGCGCCGGAGCCACGCCGGAUCACGCUCGGACAGCCGACUAUUUUGCAGUCAGCGCUCUUCAAGUGUCGCUGCAAUCAGCAAGUCGUCGAGACGUACCCGAUUACGGUGAAAGAAGACGAGAAAACAGAAGUUAAAGCUUGCGAGAUCGUAACCACAGAAGAAAGCGUUCCUGCUGCCUUAGAUCGGACGACCUGCGGCUGCCAGCCCACUCCCUUCUACGAGAAGAUCGUCGUUCUAGCCAUGCCAACGAACGAGAACCUAAUAUUCAUGUACCAGCGCCAUAAAAAUGUUCAGUAUACUCCUGAAUGUCCUAAUACUUGUCUGCUACUGGCCAGGGAAGUUCCUUCUAAUCUUAAUAUAGAAAAUGUAGCCAAAGGAAUGGAUAUAGCUAAGAGGAAGGGUGGUUAUACGUUCGAGGUAAAGCAAGAAUGAAGUUUGUAUUUAUAUUCCAUACUAAAUUGACAGCGGCAAAAUGUUCUGCCUAUACUCUGUAUCUUUAGGUAUUUAAUAGUACGGUCGAGGAAACUGAUUCUUUAGCAGUUUAUGGUUCACUUUACAUUGGACAGCUCUUAGCAUAAGUAUGUUCAACCAAAUUUACUUGAACCGCAAAUUGCUAAAGAAUCAAUUUCCUCGACCGUACAUUGUGCAACGAGGGGGGGUUAGUGAAAUUUUGGAUAUGAGGGUGAAUUAAAGACCCGAGUUUGCAAUAUUCUUACCCCCGGAGUUACACACAAUGUUUUUCAUCACACUUGCGAAGAAAAAACUAAAAUUUGAACGAAAUAAUUCUUAAAUACGGUGACAUAUCAAACAUAUUGGAAGAACCAGAGUUUAGGCUCUUAAGCAGAAUAGUGGAGCUGAUAGUUAAAACACUAGUUCUCGUGGUGAAUAUUAUAUUGCAAGUGAUUGACAUCAGACAGCUGUACAAAAACAUAACAAAUUCAAACGGGUGUCAUAUAUGUGUCGUAAUAAGUUUACUAUUGUGCCAGGAUACACAUAUACAACCUCCAAUAAAACAUUCGUCCGCCAUUUUGUAAUUUCUUGACAGGUUAGCAUCGAGGGCACAGGGCUCGGAAACCGGUUAAAUUUCCAAACCAUUAUCGUGUACUUGGCGCAAAACCUUUUCUUUUCGGUUUCGUUCGUAAAACCGUUAUAUUUAAACCGGUUUUUAGGGGAACGCUUUCAUAAAGUACUUGUUCGAUUAACCGGUUUAGAACAAUAAAAACCUGUUUAUUCCGACGUACGAUAAACAAACUCUGUUUUCCUCAAUUAUACAUUUGUAACAAACUUCUACUCCGGGAAAGACGUUCAUUCAGUGCAUUAAGUAGCUCGAGUGCAAAAAAUAUAGGUAAAAUGGGUAAGUAUAAGUACCUAUUUAAAUUUAAGUUGCAAUGAAAUAAUUAAAUACGUAACGGUGUGAUUAUAUUUUGUUCUGCAAUGUACAUAAUGAAGGCUAUAAUUCGUCAACAAUUCAACUGAGUCUUUUGUGUUACUAAAGUUAACUAUAUAAUUAUGAUUAUGACUAAUUUUCGUAACAGCGGCUAUGGACAGGAACCACAGAGGAGGCCUUUGCCAGGAGGCAAACUGAAUUAUAAAAAAUAAAAAUAUUUUAUUCAGUAACAACAAAAAGUUUACAAUAUGCCGGUUGGUGUCUCUUUGUAAGUAACGAAAUACUUGUGUCAAGAGACACCGCUCUUCCACUAUAAUGUAGCUUUAUUGGUACAAGGCGAGUUUAUAUACAUACAAAAAAAGAAUGUAGUAAUAUCUUAAAGUGAAGAAGCUUCAACAAUUAUUCUAAAACCUAAAAGUUAUAUUACUUUGAAGGGAUGCGUAACGGUCCAUAUAACAACUUUUGAUAUAUUUUUAGUCGAUAUAACGAUUAAGGGAUAUAAUGCACUUUUGCUAUAACAAUACAUGGUAUAUUCUUAGAGAGUCUAACUAUCGUCAAGUAUAAUGAACUUGUAAUAUAACAACUUCUAAUGUAACAUUAACAGCUUAUAACGUGUAUGUGAUAUAAUUAUGUUCGAUAUAACGCUCAGUUGGCAUAAUGUAGUACUGGUAUAAUUUGUAAUAUUUACUACUAUUAAAACAACCUACGUGUUCGAACUAAAGGCAGGUCUCAGUUAGGUACGACGACGAGCGAAGCGAGGAGGAGUGUUAGGUAGAACUGCGACUUUACGAUUGUUGUGAAUGAAACUCGAGCUGAAAUCAAAGUUCAAGCUGUUUUAGAUAAAACUGCUCAACGUUUGGCUUUAGCCCAGGAAGAAGUUCCCACCAUAAUGUUGCCUACUUCUUCAUUCACUCUAAUUAGUAAAUGGGGUUGCGAUGGAAGUUCUGGUCAUAGUACAUACAAACAAAAAUUCACUAACUGUGAUGAUACAGA